AUGAAUGGAAUUAAGUUUAAUUCAGAUCAAAAUGGACUAUUGAAUAAUCAUGCUACAUUAUUUCCUGUUAAUUAUAAUAAUACAAAUUUAUUAAAUUUUGAACAUAUUUCUGAUAACAUUAAUGAAGUUAAUGUAGGACCAUUAUUAAAACAAUUACAUUGUGUUAUUGGAGAAUUAGUUGAAUCAGAAUCAGUUUAUUUAAAAAGUUUAUGUGAUAUUGAAGAGGGUUACUUAUUACGUUUAAAAACAAACCAAAGUGUAGAUCAACAAUUUCUCGAUGUCGUCUUUCAUAAAAUUUCAGAUUUACGAGUUUUUCACGCACAACUUCAUUCUGAUCUUUAUUUGAAUCGUGAAAAUUUUAUUCAACUUGGACGAGUAUUUCUAGUUAAUGCAAAACAUUUUGAAGAGCUCUAUGUGGAUUUUUGUCUUAAUUAUCCAAAAACUAUUCGUUUGCUUGAAGAAGCCCAAAAAUCUCGUACAGAUACUUGGAUAUGUCUUAACAAUUGUCAGUCAGAAUUACAACAUCAACUUCCUCUUGCCACAUAUCUUCUCAAACCAGUACAACGUAUACUCAAGUAUCAAUUAUUUUUACAGGAAUGUGUCAAACAUUUGAGUCAAAUAAAAACAGAACUAUUAAAUUCGAAAUCAUCAGUACCAAGUAGAGAUUUAUCGAUCAAUAACACUGUAGGUCUUUCAGAAAGUAACAGUGAUCAGAAUAACGAUAUAUUGUUGGAGUUUUUCAAUCAUUCUAUUUGUACAUUAAGACAAGCACUGGAACGUAUGAUUCAAGUCGCAGAUCAUAUCAAUGAACGUAAACGUUAUCGUGAAUUAUUAGAUCAACUUCGGAUUACUCGAUUAGAUGUAGAUAAUUGGGGUGAUCUUGUAUUACAUGAUCAUUUUCGUAUACCGGGUAAAAAAGACCUACGUCUUGUUCUCUUGUUUCAGUGUGCACUUAUCCUAUGUAAAUAUACACCGCCUACAUCUUCAUCCGGUAUCAGUUUGUCAACUUCCCAGUCCAUAACUAUCAAUGAUUAUUGGAGCAAUACAACUAAAACAAUGAAAUCACGCGGUGGAUCAGAUAGAAUAUCAGGAAAUUCUAGUCACAUGGUUUCAAAUGUUAGAUCGAUCGAAAUACGUGAAGUGAUUAGUUGUGCUAAUUUAAUGCUAGUUGAAUGUAUCGACAAAGAUCCAUUAGCAUUUCAUAUAUUACCAUUUGAUAAUCCUAAAGCACAACGUACUCUACAAGCAACCAAUUUAGAAAUUAAACGUCUAUGGUGUCGUGAAAUAAAACGUUUAAUCUUAGAAAAUUAUGAUGCAGCUAUUCCGGAAAGAGCAAAACAAAUUGUACUUAACAUGGAUGAUUUAACUUAUGGUCCACCUAUUAAAGAUAUAUCUGAUCUACCUAUGAGUUUAUGUAAUUUACAACAAGUUGGAAAAAAUGAUUUUGAAGAAGACUGUUUAAACCAAAAUUGUUCAAAUGAUCGAGUACAUCGUAAAAGUGAUACAGCUCUUCCAGGUCUUCGAAGCUUUUUAAAUCGGCAAACAAACAAACAUUCAAUUUAUUCAAAUUCAAUUCACACACCUAAUCUAUCUUUGAAUAAUAAUAUCAAUGAAUGUAGAAUACCUUUAUUAGAAAAUGGUUGUAUGUUGAACGGCAAGAAAAACGUUAUCGGUGAUAAAGUCUUACCCUCUGAUGAUGAUAUUAAUAAUUCAACUGAUAGACAUCUUGAUUCAUUACUACACGAAGCCUGGGAGGAAAUAUGGGCUAAACAUCAGCAUUCACCAGUUAAAACAACUUUUGCAAAUGGUCAGUUAGAUUCUUUGGAAAACGGUAAUUUUCAUCAUUAUCAUCAGGAUAAUUGUAAAUUGGACACAGAGGAUGUUUAUUCAUCUGAUUCAAUAGUAACAACAAAAGCGAAUAAUGAUGCAGACUUCCGGUGUAUUGCUGUAGAAAUUAAUGAAGAGAAAUUUGGUCUUUUAUCACCUGUCCCUGUACCGACGUGUACUGUUAAUGAAAAUGAAAAAUACUCAGUAUCUUCCCUAUCUAAAUUAAAUACAGAUUCUUUAAAUUGUGUAAAUAAUUCAGAUAACUACAAAUUUUCUAUUCCUACUUCAUCAUCUCCCUCAUCACAACAUUUAUUACAUUAUUCUUCAUCACCUAAUUUUUCAAUCUGUCAACGAUCAUCACCAACAUUAUUAUCUGAUAAAUCUGUACAUAGUCAUAAUCGUACAACUUCCGUUUAUAUUGACUGUCCAAAUACAUCAUAUUAUGAUGUAAUCACAUUUGGUCGAACUUAUGAACAGUAUAUUGCUAAAGCUCGAGCAAUGGUAGCUUUAUCUCCAAAAGAUUUAGAUGAAAUAUUCAGUCCAUUACGAGAAUUACCAUUUACUAAUAGUGAACAUCAAUUAUCACACUCUUCACUUCAUUAUCACAAUCAAGAUGAUAUAUUAUCUUCUAAUGUUAUCAAUGUAACAACAACUCAUUGUUCAACUGUCCCAUUAAUAUUAAACACAAAUAUUAAUUCAAUGAAACAGUUAUCUGAUACCAAUUCGACAACGACGAUCAAGAAUCGAAAUUGUUUAACUUCUGAUUUGAAAUUAUCUUUAACUAAUCUUACAUCUUCUAUAGAAGAAAAUAAUGGUAAUGAUAAGAGUAAUGAUUAUUGUUCUUCGUCUGGUGCUAGUUCUCCACGACAUUUAGUUAGUUGUAUCGCUGUAACACAUAAUCGAAACGGACUCAAUAGUAAUUUAGCAACAAAAAAUAUAACUGUGGUACCGAGUAACACCACUGCUACACCAGCCGUAACAAUGGACAGUCGUGUAUCAGCUGCAAGAUCGAAUUCACUAUCAUUAGGAUUCCGAACAAGUGAAUCGAAAAAUAAUGUUGAUCUAGUCGAUAAUUUAGAUCGUGGACGAAGACGUUCGAAUCUUGAUUCAAUUGAUAGAACUAUAAAUCGUCAAAAUUCUCAUAUUCAUAUCAGUACUAGAUCUCCUUUAGGUUCACCAAAACGAUCUCAAUCACAUGUAUUUGUAUCAAAUGGUCGGUUAAAUAAAUCCGGUGUUUCUAAACCACCUAGAUUUGUAAGCUACAGGAGUCCACUGGAAUCUGUUGGGAAGUCACUUAAAGCUAACCAUAAUCAAUCGAUGGACCAUGAUAAGCAGUCGACACGAAACAUGACAAACAAUAUUUCAUCUUCCUCUCCGUUAUGUAAUAACUCAUCAAAAGAAGUUAAUAGUGAUGAUGUAUUGAAUAAACGAGGACGUCGAAAGUCGCGUGCACCUGCUCCACCAAUCAAAUUAUUGGAGAAUACUGCUGAAACUACAACGAUGAUUAUGACUUCCACUACUGCUGUUACUACUGUUACUACUACUGCUACUAAUACUAAUACUACUACCACUACGCUUAAAGCUCCAUUAGCAGUUUCCGAAUGUGGCAAAGAGUUUGAGGAUAAUGACGAUGAUGAAUGUUUAGAAUCUGUCUAUCAAGGUCGUGCACGUGCUGUAACGACAUCUUUGCCAGCAAAAUCUAUGAGGUCAAAUAUUCCUUGUUUAACAACUUCGCAAGAUAUUGUCUCUACUUCAUUUCGCAAUACAAUUAAUACUGUAAAUGGAAGUAAUAUAGAGAAACCAGUCAAGCCACCACGAAAACUUAAUAAUAAUACAUCCUCUUCCACUGAAGCUCUGCAUAAAUCUGAAAAGAGUAUAUGUAGUCGGUAUUAUUCUCCAACUUUAAAAAGUCUUCAUCAUCCUUCAACUUCACCACUCAAGUUUCCUCAUGAUAUCCCUUCUCAACAUCGGGGUAUUGUGAAAAAUAUGAUAAGUAAAUUUCAGCAGCCUUAA